AGAAAUAAAAGAGCUGGAAUCACAUGGUCUUGUGGUCUGUCCCUGGGUCCUCCAUCUCCAUCUCAAUCUCCAUCUCCAUCUUCAUCUUCUUCUUCCUCUCAGUCACUUCAACCUUUCUCUGUCCAUCGCCAUGAUCACCAGCCUCUUUUCCUCCUUCAUCGUCCUCCGUUGAAUUCAACCCUUCUCUCUCUGUCUCGCUACCUCUUUCUAUUUCUUAUCUUAAUCUCAUUUUCUUUCCAUGGCUGACGACAAGGAAAUGUCUGCUCCUGUUGUGGAUUCUAAUGAUCCAGUCACCGGUCAUAUCAUAUCUACCACCAUUGGAGGAAAAAAUGGAGAGCCUAAACAGACCAUCAGCUACAUGGCAGAACGUGUUGUGGGAACUGGGUCAUUCGGGAUUGUUUUCCAGGCAAAAUGCUUGGAAACUGGAGAGACUGUUGCGAUAAAGAAGGUUUUGCAGGACAGAAGAUACAAGAACCGUGAACUACAAUUAAUGCGAGUUAUGGAUCAUCCAAAUGUGAUUUCUUUGAAGCAUUGCUUCUUUUCAACUACCAGUAGAAACGAACUUUUCCUUAACCUGGUUAUGGAAUAUGUACCUGAGAGCAUGUAUAGGGUUUUAAAGCAUUACAGCAAUGCCAAUCAGAGAAUGCCUCUCAUCUAUGUUAAACUUUACAUGUACCAGAUUUUCAGAGGGCUGGCAUAUAUUCACACUGUUCCUGGAGUUUGCCACAGGGAUUUAAAGCCUCAAAACCUUUUGGUUGAUCCUCUUACACACCAGGUUAAGAUUUGCGAUUUUGGAAGUGCAAAACAACUGGUAAAUGGUGAAGCUAACAUUUCAUAUAUAUGUUCACGUUUCUAUCGAGCUCCAGAACUCAUAUUCGGUGCCACAGAAUAUACAACCUCAAUUGACAUCUGGUCAGCUGGUUGUGUCCUUGCAGAACUUCUUUUGGGGCAGCCACUGUUUCCUGGAGAAAAUGCUGUGGAUCAGCUUGUAGAGAUUAUCAAGGUUCUCGGUACACCCACUCGUGAAGAAAUUCGCUGUAUGAAUCCUAAUUAUACCGAUUUUAGGUUUCCACAGAUUAAAGCUCAUCCAUGGCACAAGGUUUUCCACAAAAGGAUGCCUCCAGAAGCCAUUGAUCUUGCAUCUCGGCUGUUGCAAUAUUCACCAAGUCUUAGAUGCACAGCGUUAGAAGCAUGUGUACAUCCUUUCUUUGAUGAACUGCGUGAACCCAAUGCACGUCUACCGAAUGGUCGCCCUUUACCUCCUCUAUUCAACUUUAAGCAAGAAUUAUCAGGGGCGUCACCAGAACUUGUUAAUAAGCUGAUACCAGAUCAUGUGAAACGGCAAUUAGGCCUAAAUUUCUUGCACCCAGCUGGGACAUAGAUUUUAGCAAUGUGGAAGCAAUGUCUACUUUUGUUGAUGUGUGACACUAAGGGAAUUCUAUCCAUGUGUUUAACUACCACCACGCAUUGAGGCUUGACCAGCAUCCUUUCUUGCUCUACGAGGCAGUCUAGGACAGCAGCUGGACGGCUCUGCUUUCUUUUUUACUUUCACCCCAAACACCCUUGCCUCUACCCCAUCCCUUCUUCCACCCCUUUUCUGCUGUCAAAGUGCCCAUUUGUUUAUGUACAUGUUUGAUAGUUAAAGAUAGGCUAAGGUGAUAAGGCGGACUGAUCAGAAAGCAGCUGCUAGCAGAGGAAAAACUGAAGAGAAUUGUACUUGUAGCUAGGAGAAAAAAGAGCCCCUAAUAUAUAUAAUGGCCUGAAGAAAUGGGGUUGGGCCAUGAUGUUUGUUGUCAAGUUUGUUCUUCUGGUUUCUGUUGUGGUUUGUGAUUACUGACUUCCCAAUUGCGGACAAUUGAUUUUAUGUCACCUGCUGUUUAUGCAAAGUCAUGUUAUUGCAAUA